UAUCCAGAUAACCUCAGGUUUAACUCUGGUCAUUAUCCAGAUAACCUCAGCUUUAACUUCAAGUUUAACUCUGGUCAUUAUCCAGAUAACCUCAGCUUUAACUUCAGGUUUAACUCUGGUCAUUAUCCAGAUAACCUCAGCUUUAACUUCAGGUUUAACUCUGGUCAUUAUCCAGAUAACCUCAGCUUUAACUUCAGGUUUAACUCUGGUCAUUAUCCAGAUAACCUCAGCUUUAACUUCAGGUUUAACUCUGGUCAUUAUCCAAAUAACCUCAGCUUUAACUUCAGGUUUAACUCUGGUCAUUAUCCAGAUAACUUCAGGUUUAACUCUGGUCAUUAUCCAGAUAACUUCAGGUCAUAGACAGUUGAUUACUUUGUCCACCAGGGCCAGUUUUUCAGCAGCUGUUCAUGUGGAACAGACUGUCUCUCUCUCUCUCUCUCUCUGUCUGUCUGUCUGUCUGUCUCUCUCUCAGCCUGGUACAACAGUAAACAAUGAGACAAAGGUCUGUGUGUUCUCUGGAGGCGGAGCAGAACCACUGCACGGUUGUUCUCAGUCUGACAGGAGUUUCCAGGCACGUCUGACACCUUCCAGGAGUUUCCAGGCACUUUUGACACCUUCCAGGAGUUUCUAGGCACUUCUGACACCUUCCAGGAGUUUCCAGGCACAUCCGACACCUUCCAGGACCCUGCACAGGAGCAUGGAACCAGAGCAUCUGUCCUCCACCUCUCAGCAACAGCAGCAGCUUCAUCUAAGGAAAAAGCGGACAAAGAGAGAGUGGAGGCCGCUGGAGGACAGAAGCUGCACCGACCUGCACUGGUUCCUGCUCUUCACUGUCUUCUGCGUCGGCAUGGGAAGCAUCUGUGGCUUCACCGUGGUCACAGGUGGGGCUGCUCGCCUUGUCUUUGGCUACGACAGCUACGGAAACACCUGCGGUCAACGCAACGAACACAUCGAAGGAGUCAGACUGAGCGGCCUCGACCACACGGACAGGAAGUAUGUUUUCUUCCUGGAUCCUUGUAACAUCGACAUCGUCCAGAGGAAGAUCCGCUCCAUCGCUUUGUGCGUUUCCCUGUGUCCUCGGCACGAACUCGGGACAUACAGUGACCUCAAGACUUUUGCCAUGGUCAACGGGUCAGAGUUGUGCUCAUAUGAGCUGGCGGCUCACAAAUAUCCCGUUCUACCUGAGAGGUUCAACAAGUGUCCCAAACUUCCUGUUCCACCGAGUAAACCGCUGCCCGUAUUUAACCGCUGCACGCCACUGGAUGUUUCCUGUUACACAAAGUUUGCCGAGGCAGUGGUGACAUUUGUGGGCGACAACAGUUCCCUGCACCGCCUGAUCGCAGGCGUCGCUGCCAGUAAAGAAAUCAUCGUGGGCCUGUGCGUCCUCGCGCUCGUCCUGUCCAUGAUCCUGACCAUCAUCGUCCGUUUCAUCUCCACUGUGCUUGUCUGGAUCCUCACGUCGCUGCUGGUGCUCGGUUCACUGGCGGGGAGCAGCGUCCUCUGGUGGCUUUACAUCGACCAUCGCCUGAACAGAAAUGAUACGUCUACAAAAGUAACCAAGGAAACAAAGGAGGAGGCGGAGCUGAGCAGAGAUGGCGGUCAGGCACUGCUCGUCUAUGCUGCCGCUGCCACCGUCUUCACCAUCAUCGUGUUGCUGCUGAUGCUCUUUAUGAGGAAACGCGUGGCUUUGACCAUCGCUCUGUUCCACGUGGCGGGGAAAGUCUUUGUCCACUUGCCCCUCCUCACCCUGCAGCCCUUCCUCACCUUCCUUGUCCUCCUUGUCUUCUGGAUCUACUGGAUCCUGGUGCUACUGUUUCUGGGAACCACAGGUGAGCCGGUGCAGAACCUGGAUUCAGGUGUGACAGAGUUCAGACUGACUGGUCCUCUUCAGUACCUGACCUGGUACCAUGCUGUGGGUCUGAUCUGGAUCACUGAGUUUAUUCUGGCCUGUCAGCACAUGACUGUGGCUGGAGCUGUGGUCACCUACUACUUCACCAGGGACAAGAACCGUCUCCCACUGACUCCGAUCCUGUCGUCCAUCCUGAGGCUGCUGCGGUUUCACCUGGGAACUGUAGCUAAAGGUUCUUUCAUCAUCACCGUGGUGAAGAUCCCCAGACUCCUGCUCAUGUACAUCCACAACCAGCUGAGAGGAAAGGAGAACGUCUGCGCCCGCUGUCUGCUGAAGACCUGUAUCUGCUGUUUGUGGUGUUUGGAGAAGUGCCUCAACUAUCUCAAUCAGAAUGCAUAUGCAGCCACCGCCAUCAACAGCACCAGUUUCUGUUCGUCAGCCCGCGACGCCUUCGUCUUAUUGGUGGAAAACGCGCUGCGUGUCGCUACAAUCAACGCCAUCGGAGACUUUGUCCUCUUUCUGGGGAAGGUCCUGAUCGUGACAUCCACAGCAUUCGCUGGUGUCCUUCUCCUCAACUACCAGCGAGAUUAUGCUGAGUGGCUGCUGCCGCUCGCCAUCGUGUGUCUCUUCUCCUUCCUCGUCGCCCACUGCUUCCUGUCCGUCUUCGAGAUCGUGGUCGACGUCCUUUUCCUCUGUUUCGCCAUCGACACCAAGUACAACGACGGUUCUCCAGGGAAAGAGUUCUUCAUGGACAAAGCUCUGAUGGAAUUUGUGCAGAGCAGCAGGAGGUUGGAACGGGCUGUGGAUCGUGGGCGGAACCGGGUGAAGGAGGUGGUCUCUGAGGAGGCGGAGAUGAAGUCCAUGGUGAGUGACAGUGAGAGCAGAGGGGAGGCGGUCAGUGGAGCUGAGUGGGAGGAGCUUCAGGAGUUCCAGGUAUACUACCUGUUGGUGGCAGUGCUGGUGGACUGGGUUCUGACGGAGCAGAGCGGCUUUGUCCUCUGUCUCAGUGAGGACGUUGUCCUCUUCCUUUGUGUCUACCUGCCCACCUCCACCCUCUUCCUGUUUGUCAGUCUGCUGCACACGCCAAGCCCCGUCCCCUCUGCCAACGCCACAACAUCAGACACCGUCACCACUACAUGCUAACAGAUGUAUGCUAACAGACACUGCUACAUAUGAAUGGAUGAACACUGAUGCAUGCUCACAGAUAUAUGCUGACAGACACUGCUUCUUAUGAAUGGAUGAACACAUUUGUUAGUUUUUCAUGCGUUUGUUAAUCUGUUCAUAUUAUAGUUUUUAAUGUGUUCUUUUUUCAUGUGUUCAUUUGUUUUUUCAUGUGUUCAUUUGUUUUUAUAUGUUCAGUGGUUUUAGUUUUUCAUGUGUUCAUUUGUUUUUUCUGUUUUUUUCAUGUGUUCAUUUGUUUUUUUUCAUGUGUACAUUUGUUUUUUUUUUCAUGUGUUCAUUUGUUUUUGUAUGUUCAUCGGUUUUUGUUUUUCAUGUAUGUAUUUGUCGUUAAUUUUCUCGCCCUGGUGCUUUAAAGAGCACUGAGACGUACUUCUCCUCAGUGUCCAGCAGAGGACCCCUGCCUGCUGAUGGACAGAAAUGGACGAGGACAAUAUUGAUGAAUCAGCUGCAUCUCAGCUUCUCCAGGACGAGGUCACGAAGUCACAACCUUUUCAGUAAACAUCAUUAUAUGUUGAGGUUAUACACAUGACAUAUAACAACACCAGGUGGCGCCUUUGUGACCUCAGUCCUGGUUACCCAUGAUGCUGUGCUCUGAGGUCAUGUGACCUAGUCUACUCGUCUGUGUGUUUCAGGCUCCGGGGACGAGUUCAGCUUGACCACAAGGAGGCGCUGGACUUAAACCAGAGACAUUCCAGAGGUUUAUUUUUACCAACGUGUGACAUGUUUACUUGUUUACAGGGAAAAACGAUAUUUUAAUAACAAAUUGUACAAACGUAACAAUGUAACUAAGCACUUUAUACGGACGCGCUGCCUGACGCUCUCUUGUUGUUUUUUAUAAAAGUCAUUGAACGCAUCUCGCUCACUCAUCAAAGGGGCGGAGCCUGAGUUCAGGUCAGAGCUGCAGCUGUUGAUCAAUGUGUCUGAUUGAUUACUGAUUAGGAAUAUGUGAUCUGUCAUGAUUGAGCGAUCAAUCGAUUGAUCAACAAUCGCUCGCAGUGCGACGCUGGCUCCGCCUCCACCGGAGGACAUUGACCUCCUGUCCACAUGGUGGCAGUGGAGCUACAUGAUGAGUCAUGUUUUGUCUGGAGCUCAAUAUCUUUUUAAGACAGAAUAUCCAGAGAAGACGACGACAGAUGAGUGUGGGCGGAGCUUCCUGUGGAGGUCAGUCAGCAAUAAACUGCAUCAUGUGACCACGUUAUCAUCAACUAGUCUUCCUCUUCCUGUGUUUGACAUCAACACGAGCUGGAGUCGGAUGACGUCGGACAUGUCAAUGACUCAAUGACAAUGAGCAGAAUCUUCUCAGCUGAUCGGCCGCCCCAGAUGACGUCGUCAUGGAGACUGACACGAAGACGCCGUGGAGUGUUUGUCGAGCCAGGUCAUCACUUAUUCAUCCACUUCCUGUUCCUUCAGGAGGAGGAGUCAGAGCAACACUCACAUGAGCACCUCCACCUACUGGCCAACAGAACUGCAACGUGUUAACACCCAACGCCUCAUGUUAUUCACACCGUUAUCAUGACUCAGCGUCAUGUUAUUCACCGUUAUCAUGACUCAGCGUCAUGUUAUUCACCGUUAUCAUGACUAGCCUCAUGUUAUUCACAGUUAUGACUCAGAAACAUGUUAUGAUGACUCAGCGUCAUGUUACCAACAGUUGUCACGACUCAGCCUCAUGUUAUUCACCGUUAUGAUUAACCUCAUGUUAUUCACAGUUAUGACUCAGCGUCAUGUUAUUCACCGCCGUUAUCAUGACUCAGCGUCAUGUUACCAACAGUUGUCAUGACUCAGCGUCAUAUUGAUCACACAGUUUCAUGACUCAGCGUCAUGUUAUCGUGACUCAGCGUCAUGUUAUCGUGACUCAGCGUCACAUUAUCGUGACUCAGCGUCACGUUAUCAUGACCCAGCGUCAUGUUAUUCACAGUAUCAUGACUCAGCACAACUUGCAGCUCUUCUUCUGAAGCUAAUGCUAAGGUAAUUAUUUCCCUCAGGUUAAUGCUAAUGUAAAUUCUCCCCUGGGACUAAUACUAAGCUAACCAUCCUCCUGGAGCUAAUGCUAAGCUAACGAUGUUCAUAUUUAAGUGUGACAGUGAUAUUUUCAGAGGUUAGCAGGUAACUUUAUGCCCCGCCCCUGACUCAGCUCAGCAUCAUCAGAAUCAGAAUGAUUAAAGUCAUGUGACUGACCUGAAAUGAUUCAUCGUUGCCAUGAUGAUAUUUGGUGUGAACGGGUGUGAACGCAGAUUGUGGUCACUGUUCAGAGAGAACUCGGAAAUUCCGUUCAUGUCGGCUAAUGCUACUCUUGACCAUACAUUUAAAAACACAAGCCAAUCAGGUGACCAGUGACGUCAGCGACCACAGGUGUGACCACAGGUGACGUCAGCGACCACAGGUGAGACGUCUGUGACCACAGGUGACGACAGUGACCACAGGUGUGACCACAGGUGAUGUCAGCGACCACAGGUGUGACGUCUGUGACCACAGGUGACGACAGUGACCACAGGUGAUGUCUGUGACAACAGGUGUGACCACAGUUGACGUCAGCGACCACAGGUGACAACAGUGACCACAGGUGAUGUGUGUGACAACAGGUGUGACCACAGUUGACGUCAGCGACCACAGGUGACAACAGUGACCACAGGUGUGACCACGUGACGUCAGCGACCACAGGUGUGACCACAGGUGACGUCAGUGACCACAGGUGACAACAGUGACCACAGGUGUGACCACAGGUGACGUCAGGUGAGGGACAAUCCAACCAAUGAAAAGUGACGUCGCAUUUAAUUCCAACACAAAUAAAUUGCGAGGUUUAACGUAAAGUUUUCAUUAGUUUUCCCUGAAGAUUCUACGUUUUUAUUUUAAAGUACGCUUAUAAUGUUAGCAUUAGCUGAUAACGUUUGCAUUAGCAGAUAGAAUUAGCGCACAUGGUUCGCUGUUGAAUUAACAAAUGAGUGUUGAUUUUCGAUGGGUUCAUGUUUGUAGUUUUAGUUGUAGGUCGUCAUGGUAACCACGCGUCAUUGUUGCAUGUCCAUGUUUUCAUGCUUGAUAUCACUGCUGCACAUCUGGGUUUGACCUGAGUUAACUCAGGUUAACCCGGGUUCAUCUGAGUUAAUUAACUCAGGUUAACUCAGGUUAACCCGGGUUAAUGUAGGACGGACAUAACGAGAUGGCGUCAGGUGUCAACGCCACUAAAAAAAAAGUAUUUUCUUUACUUUAACGUUGAUUUUUUUAUAUUUAUCAUUUUGUAUGUAUAUUUGUUUUUUAAGGAAAAUAAUAAAAUGACAUUUUAAAAAACGUUUUCGUUUAAAACCAA